AACCCGUACCACCUUGUCCCUGUCGGGUCCCAAACUGGGGAGGAGCAGGAGGAGGACAAAGAGAAAGAAGGGAGAUAUGUAGUUAGAGAAAGAGACGGUAAAGAGGAAGAGCCAGGCUGGGAGAAACGUUAUGGGAAGAUCUGGGUGGAGUUAGAGAAGAGGGAGGUUAAGUCCUCCUACAGGAACGUGGCGGCCGAACUGAAGCAGAAAUUUGGUAAACUUCCAGCUGAAUCCGCCUCUGACGAAACUACAGAAGAAGAAAAACAGGAGGAGAACGUAGAGAUAGUUGAAUCUCCCGCCAGAACCACUGAGGAAGAGUCGAGCAACGAAGAGGUGGGGGAGCCUAAUGUCUGUCUGUUGAGCAGGGCAAGGAGGAGUAGCAGCAAUGCAGUCCUGCUGACCAUUCUUGAGCAGAGGGGGUCCGGGCUGGAGGACUCUCUGAACGAGUCGGCUGACAACUCCCUAUGCGAAGACAGGACUCAGCAUGGUGACACCCCCGGGAGUCCCGACCUCUCCCCCAGUGCCGAGGACAGUGAGAUGGGGGACCUGGAGCUCCUCUGUGGCAUUGAGCCAGAGAACAGUUCUGCUUUGCCUCAACUGUUUGGGGAAAUCGACAGAGAGCGAGAAGUAGACUACAAUGUCGAUGAUGUCACCAAGACUUUCACAGAUUGCAAUGCAGCCUCAGUGGAACUCAAAUUAGACAAUGUUCAUAUGGAUUCGUCCUUGAACAAAGGAGAGUCCAACCCUAGCCCAGACAAAGAUGCCACUACCAAACCAAAGCCUGCCGCAGAGGAACGUUGGCCAGGGCAAGUCCAACAGGGCGAUGAGACGAGCCCCUCCAUGUACGAAGAAGAACCCGAAGUGUGUCCCUCCCAGUCUCAGCCCUCCUCAUUGAGCAAUGUGUGUCCCCCAGCUCCUUUACUUCCCUCAGACGAAGAGCUGGAAAAGGACCUACAGAGGUUCAAGCACGAGGUAGGGAUGCUGAAGGUUGUGUUCCUGGAUUUGGAGAAAGAGAAGGCCCUGCUCUGGAAAGAGGUAGAGGAUUAUGACUGCCCUCGCUCCCGUUAUAGUCCCCCCAACUCUUUCUUGUUCUGUCUCUUUUUCUUUCUCCGCUUUUUCCAUUCCAUCACCUCAGCUGAGUCUGUGUAA